CCGUUUCCCACCGUUCGUACUCGCCUAGGAUCGCGCGAGCUGACACCCUUUGUCUCAUCUUUGCUAGAGAGUCCUGCCCGUUGUUCCGACCCGCGCACAUUGAGGAUUUGAUUACUCGCCGCAUCAGACGUACAUCUUCAGCGACACGCUUUCAUUCUCGAAAUGGCUGACGUCGUUUCUAUCCCAAUCGUAAAAAAGAAACUUGCUGGAUAUGUGGGUUUCCAUAACCUGCCCAACCAGGUUCACCGAAAAUCCGUCAAGAAGGGAUUCCAGUUUACCCUGAUGGUCGUUGGCGAAUCGGGUCUCGGCAAAAGUACGCUUGUCAAUACUCUUUUCAACACUUCUCUCUAUCCAAAUAAGGAGAACAAGGAACCCACACACGAAAGUCCCAAAACUGUAGAAAUUCAGACCAUCAGCGCCGAUAUCGAGGAAAAUGGUGUGAAAUUGAAGCUUACCGUCAUUGACACUCCCGGGUUCGGUGAUUUUGUAAAUAAUGAGGAGAGCUGGCGCCCGAUUUUGGAAAACAUCGAGGCGCGAUACGACGCUUACCUCGAGCAGGAGAACCGUGUGAACCGUAAGAGAAUCGUGGACACCCGCGUACAUGCUUGUUUAUACUUCAUUGCGCCAACUGGCCACUCUCUGAAGCCGCUCGAUAUUGAGUUUAUGAAACAAUUGGCCGGCCGUGUGAACCUCAUUCCUGUCAUUGCAAAAUCCGAUACGCUGACUGAAGAUGAAAUCAAAGCCUUCAAAGCCCGGAUUUUGGAAGAUAUUGCUUAUAAUAAGAUUCAAAUAUACCAGCCGCCCAUGUACGACAACGAUGAUCCGGAAACUGUCCAAGAGAACAAGGACAUCAUUUCUCGGAUUCCGUUUGCCAUUGUUGGUAGUGACAAGGAGGUGGACGUUGGUGGAAAAAAAGUCCGUGGAAGGAAGUAUCCAUGGGGUGUUAUCGAAGUCGACAAUGAAGAUCACUGCGACUUUGUCAAGUUGCGACAGAUGCUGGUCAGGACACAUAUGGAGGAGUUGAAGGAAUACACUAAUGAAGUCCUGUACGAGAGCUACCGCAUUAGCAAGCUGGCGCGGGGCGGAUACGAGGUCUCAUCCGAUGGCAGUGCUCUCAACCCUCUCUCAAAGUUCGAGGAGGAGAAGCUUGCACAUGAGCAAAAGAUGGCAAAGAUGGAAGCGGAGAUGAAAGCAGUAUUCCAGCAAAAGGUUGCAGAGAAAGAAGCAAAAUUGAAGCAGUCCGAGGAAGAACUCUAUGCUCGUCACCGGGAAAUGAAGGAACAGCUUGAGAAGCAGCGACUAGAACUUGAGGAAAAGAAACGGAGAUUGGAGUCGGGUCGACCUGGAACGCCGGAAAAGGGAAAGAAGAAUAAAGGUCUUUUCAAAUAGUCAUGGACCAUGAUCACCCUUCCGUUUCUUUAUCUGGAUUAUGUCUCUCUGUUUGACCUGGAGUCGAUGGAGAUGUGUUGUUCCACUCAAUCUAGAAAAAAACCAUUAUUUAGAAAAUUGAGAGUGCGGGCUUGGGGUAUGGGAUGGACUGCCUUUUGGAAUCGAAGUAGCUAUCCUUCGCACCUUUUGCAGAAAUAUUGUACUCGUGAAAGCUUUAUUUCAAUAUGAACGUCAUAGGAUUUUAA